CUCAACAAGGCUGUCGGAGGUGGUGGGUCUGUCGUGGCGAAAGGCUCCGGGGCACAUCAACUGCCAGCAGCGGGUAAGAAAGGAAAACAAGAAAUGAAGCAAGGAUUACCGCAAGCACCCGGACGGCCGUUCCUUGGAGCAGGCUCAUCCUCAAAAGCGACGACGUCUUCUU